AUGACCCGCAACGAGACAGGCGAAGUUGUUGAGAAGACAGUUCACGAACUUCAUACAACGCUUGAGCGACUGGAAUGCGAGAUUUCGGCGUUCGAGACCAUCGUUGAUGCUGUAUUCCGUCGUUCAAGUGGUAGUAGUGGAGCCAUUCGUGAGUGGUUAAGGUGGCUAGUGAGGCGACUUGUUGCUAAGACUGCUUUCUGUUCUCAGCAGCAGGCGCCGUUAGUCAGUCAGCCAUGCAAUCUGGCCAACACGGUGGCGACUUCAGCACCAUCACAGAGCACGAACGGAGCUUUGGGUGUGGUCGAAGGUGGUGAUGAGAAGGCGAAGGAGACGUGCGUGUGUUCGGUUGCCGUCAGUCGAAAGGGCUCAGUUCAGUCAUUGGAAAGACUUAAAGAGCUUCGCUCAGUCAUGAAGAGUCUUCUCAGGCAUUUCGACAGUAUUCGCACCAUACAGGACUUUGUUAUUGAACGAAACGACCCUCAUAAUACUCUGCUUUUGUUGUGCUGCGUUCCUUCAGAGAAACUGUCAACCGAAGUCAGAUGGUCAGUGUUUCAAGUGAAGUUGAAUGUGGCACGCUGCAGACCUGGUCGUUUGUUUGUGACGGCCGGAACCCAACACACAAUGGCUCGUUUGGUGGUCGUGUCGGCUGCGAGGUCAGCGGUGGUGUACGAGGGAGGUGCACAAAGUGGCCUGCCGAACGGGAUUGCGACAGAAGCAAAGGCGUUCGUCAUAAGUCAGCAUGCAGAGUCGUUGUUGUUGUCAACAUGCAGCUACACAACCAUGGACAAUCUUCAGCUGAACGCAGGUGGAGAUACAGAGGCGCCAUCUGGAGACGUUGGUGACUCACUUGAGGUUUCUUUUGUGCGAACGGGGUGUCAGAGUUUCAUCGGUGGUUGCUUGAAUGUGUCGCGUGUGGAGGACCACAAUCGGCGCGUUUUCGACCGUGCGUCUGUGGCGGUUGCAAGGAUCCAAGACGCAGUGUACGAGUGGUUGGUGAAGGCGGCGGCAGAAGUGCUGAUGGCUCUGAGUGGACCUGACGACGUCGACUGCGUGGUUAGUGAAGACGAUAGGAGGGAUUAUUCACGGCGUCGUGAAACGCACGUGUCGUUUUCAAAAGUGAGAGGUGAGCACAGUGAAUGGGCGGAUCAGACCGAAGCAGGUGAAGUGGAGAAAGUGAUUAGGAAGAAGUGA